AAAUAAGUCUCAAGAAGAUGAAAGUCAUGACUCUGUUAGCUCUUUCUUGUUUGGCUUUGAUAAAGAUAUCAAAUGCUGGAUACGCCGUAGCAGAUGAGUAUAGCAAAGAGAAUUGUCCAAUCUGCUACAACCCCAGAGUGAACCUGCCCGAUGAUUGUACACAGGAUGAUGCAGACAAGACAAGAACUGAAGCGUGCGAUGAGGAUGAGCUUUGUUACAUUAUGACGUUGGAAGAAGGUGCUGUUCCAAACGCAAAAAGUUUUAACACGAACUAUCAUAAAGGCUACAAUGCCCAAUUUCUUUGUGCCGACGAAAUUGAAUUUGAAAACAUCAUCAAAAGUAUAAAGAUUGACGGACUGACAAUCAGAGAUGUGGAAGUUACAACUGAGCCACCCACAGGCUCAACAACAGGAACAAUUGAGAUAGUUACGGAGGAACCGACUGAAACCGCACAAGAAAUCACAUCUUGCGGAGCGGGAAAAAGGCCGGGCGCAGAGACAGGAUGUGAGAAAUGUCCAGAAAAUACCUACAGCGUGGAUGGGGCAGCUUGUGUAGAGUGUCCUGGUGAAACACCCGUCACUAACGUGCCCAGAGGGGCUACAAGUGCUGAGCAGUGUUUUGCUGGUUGUGCAGCUGGGAAGUUCCUUGAUAACAAGGGCAAGUGUGAAGAUUGUGCUGACAACUACUACAGUACUGACGCUGUACACAACACUAAGUGCGAGGAGUGCCCUGCUGGAUCCGCUAAACAACCUGGCAGCUUGCCUGGCAACGACUGUACAACACUAAGCUGUGAACCUGGUAACUUCCUGCUAGAUGCCCACACGUGCUCCAUAUGCCCAGCGGACACUUACAGCGACCAGGCUCACAAUGAGAAGUGUACCGCCUGUCCAGGGGCAGGAUCAUCCAGUUCCAAGUGUGAUAUACCUGAAAAAACACCUGAACCAACAGUUCCUAGUAGUAGCGCAGUAGUGGAGUCCUGUUUCCUCCUUCUCAGCUUCACACUGCUUAUCAGAUUGUAAGCAGAAGCAGUCAUCACGUGAUGUCAUAACAACACACGUGAUGUCAUAACAACACACGUGAUGUCAUAACAACACACGUGAUGUCAUGACAACACACGUCAUCGUCAUGACAACACACGUGAUGUCAUGACAACACACGUGAUGUCAUAACAACACACGUGAUCGUCAUAACAACACACGUGAUGUCAUAACAACACACGUGAUGUCAUGACAACACACGUGAUGUCAUGACAACACACGUGACGUCAUGACAACACACGUGAUCGUCAUGACAACACACGUGAUGUCAUGACAACACACGUGAUGUCAUGACAACACACGUGAUCGUCAGAUUAUUUUACUGAUUAACAGGUACAUUAUUGAGGUGUGUUUAACUAAAUUGGCUCUACGUGCAGUUUAUUGCAGCAAGAUGAUCUCAGGAGCUUAUUUAAUUGUAGUUUUGUUAACACUAGUGUUGUUAACACUACUAACACUGUUGUUAACACUACUAACACUGUUGUUAACACUAUUGAACUGUUAACACUACUAACACUGUUGUUAACACUUCAUCUACGUUAAAGAAUUAGAAGGCAUUUGAAAUAAGUUAUUUUAAUUUCUUACAAUACAAUCUUUUGAGAAUUUCCUUUUUUGUUUGGUUUGUUCGAAUUAAGAGUUUGUCAAGAGGAUCAAGUUAUGUAUAUAUUAAGUGAUGGAACAGUGAUGCCACGAGGAAUUAGUCUUUUAGGAUCGGUGAGAAGAAAGUAAUAUACACAGUACAAAGUGAUCAGCAUGGUUUACUUUUUGGGUACAUGGCUUAUGUUUUAAAUUUAUAAAGAUAGUUUUACAAAAUAAGUUAAAACUAUGGGAUACAUUUGUAACGUCACUUAAAAACCAGAAUUAUAAAAAUUUGUUUAAUUUGUCAACCUCUUUAUUUGUGAACAUUUUAGUUUUUGAUAA